AUGGAGAAGCCUACAAAUCAUGGAAGUCAUUCAGAAGAACUAUUUUCUCAUCAUAGAAGUAGAUCAGAGAAAGAGCACCUCCCACCGCAUGCCAGUGAAAGUCAUCUCCGCAGUCCACAGCAUAACGCUCUAAAUGAAAAGACUGAACUUGAAGCAGCACUUGAAGAAGCUGAGAUGGCAUCUUGUUCAGUGGAACUUCUUCUGCCAUUGUAUAAGGAUGCCAUUGAAAAGAUGAGUUUUGAAAAUGCAAAUCUUUCUGCAUUGGAUUUGAAGAAAAUUUCUAAGCAGAAGGAAAUACUAACAAAAGAAGUAAAUACUUUUAAACGAGCAAAGCAAGUGUUAGAACGUUUACUUAAAUCCACAGAAUAUAAACAAGUAGGGGAUAUUUCAUCCAGUGUGUUGUUGGAGAAGCUAACUAAUAAUGAAAGUCAAAAUUCUAAUCUUAAGAAGGAGGUACUCGAGAAGGAGAUAUAUAUCCAAGAACUUUCGAAUGUGUUUCAGAAUGAAAAGGCAAAUGCUUUGAAAGCAAACCGUUUUUCACAUUCAGUUAAAGUUGUACAUGAAAGACUGCAACUCCAAAUUAAUAAAAAAGAAUCAGAGAAUGAGAAAUUGAAAGAAUAUGUAAAGACCUUAGAAACCAAGAUAGCUGAAUGGAAUUUGCAAAUGAGAAAGAGUAAGCAUGAAGCUGUAUUAAUCAAAGAAUCAGGAAGGCUGAAAGCUGUAGCUCUAAAGAAAGCAUCUAAAGCUUACAAACAAAGGCUUGAACAUUUCACAGAAAACAUUGAAAGCCUUACUUCCCAAAUUAGAGACAAGGAAGCCAAGUUGUCUGAAACAAUUUCAGUUUCCAAUGCCUGGAAAAGUCAUUACGAGAAUACUAUAAUAGAAAAAACUGAGUUGGAAGUUCAGAUCGAAACACUGAAGAAGCAAAUCACUCAACUCUUGGAGGAUCUGAAGAAAAUAGAAGACCAUGGAAAAAAAUCAUGUGAAGAAAUUAUUAGCAAACUUCACGCCACUGAAUAUGAAAAUGAAACUCUUCAGCUUGAGAAUACAAAAUUAAAGGCCAUGCUUGCUGCUUUGAAAGAAAAUUCUACUGCUGUUGAAAAUGAACUUUUAGAAUUGCAAGAAGUAGAAAGCCAACAGAAAAAGCUUACUGAAGUAUACAAAACUCAGGUACAGAAGUUGCAAGAAGCAGCUGCAGUAGUAAAAAGCAAAUGCGAAAAAUUAUUACAUGAAAAUAGACAAAUAAUGAAAAGCAAAAAUAAAAAAUUAGAGAAAAUGAGAGGCCAGACGGAGUCUGAUCUGAAGGAGUUAGAGCGCAUCCGCAGUUCACUGACGGCAGCUGAGCAGAGGCUUCAUGAGUGUCAGGAGAGUGUGCAGCGCAGCCGGGGGAAGUGCACAGACCAGGAGCAGACCGUUAGGGAGCUGCAGGGCCAGGUGGCGAGCAAUCGAUCAGGCCUCAUUUCGCGACACAUAUGGAAGCAGUGCUAUGGCAUGGUUUCACCAAUUGAUGGCAAUCACAGUCUUCUGACAAAGCUUUCUCUGGAAGAGGAGAAUUAUCUUAUUCAAUUGAAGUGUGAAAACCUUAAAAAAAAAUUAGAACAGAUGGAUGCAGAAAAUAAAGAACUUGAAAAGAAGCUGGAACACCAAGAAGAAUGUCUUAAGCACAGUAAUCUCAAAUUUAAAGAGAAAUCUGAAGAAUAUAUAUCAUUGGCCAGACAGCUGGAAGCAGCUUUAGAAGAAGGAAGACAAAAGGUUUCUGAAGAAAUAGAGAAAAUGUCAUCUAGAGAGAGAGCUUUACAAGUUAAAAUACUAGACCUGGAAAUGGAGCUUAGGAAAAAAAAUGAGGAACAAAAUCAACUUGUUUGCAAACUUAGCAGUGAACCAGACAAGGAUGCCCGGGAUAACCACUCCUAA